CAAAUCCUUUCUCUCAUUUCUUUCCUUUUACCAUUUGUGUGUAUAAAACACAGUGAGCAACUACGGGGUUGCAAUUCCUAAGAGAUCGCUCAUGGCGUCGCCUUCUUCCUCUGAAGACCCUCCAAAUCCACCCCUGGAACAACAGCAACAGCAGCCGCCCAAGGAAAAGGAAAAUGAAUGCCUAUACAAGACCAAAACUAUUCAAUUUCUUGGCCGCUCUACGCCUAUUGUUCUCCAGAACGAUAAUGGUCCAUGCCCUCUCCUCGCCAUAUGCAAUGUUCUCUUGUUGCGGAACAACUUAAAUUUGGGUCCAGAUGCAACAGAAGUAUCGCAGGAGAAAUUGUUGUCUCUGGUCGCUGAACGGUUGAUUGAUUCAAAUAGUAAUGUUGAUAACAAAGAUGCUGGUUUUGUUGAGAAUCAACAACAGAACAUUGCUGAUGCUAUUGAUCUGCUACCACGGCUAGCAACAGGGAUAGAUGUAAAUAUUAGGUUUAGGAGGAUUGAUGAUUUUGAAUUCACUCCAGAAUGCGCCAUUUUUGAUUUGUUGGAUAUUCCUCUAUAUCAUGGUUGGAUAGUUGAUCCUCAGGAUCAUGAUACUGCUAGUGCAAUUGGUUCCAAAUCCUACAACGCUAUUAUGGAGGAGCUUGUUGCUCUGGAAACACAGCACAUGGAGGAUCAAUGUAGUAAUAAUCCUGAAGAUGAUUGUAUUGAUUUUGUAGCUGCAACAACAGCAACGCUUGGAGUACCAUCUCCAAGUCUUUCAAAAAAUUGUUCAUUUGAUGAAUCACCUCGUUCAGUCUCUGAUGAGCAACGAAUGAGAAAAGGGGAUCUUGAAGAAGAGGCAGAGUUGUUGAGAGCCUUGAAAUUGUCUGAAUCUGUAACACCAAUCUCAAUGGAUAAUCAUGGUGUUGUCGAUUCCGUGGGGGACACUAAUGCCACCAAAUUGGAUGAGGAACCAUCUCCUGAAAAGGUUUCAAUCAUAGAUGCCGUGGAGAAGGCCAUAAUAAAAGACAUUUGUGCUGCAGGAAAUAAUCUUAACCAGCAGCCCAGUUUAUCCAUCGAAGAUUCUUGCAGAACCUCUUUGAGCAAGAGUGAUGAUGAAGGCGUAUCACAGGAGCAAGUAAGCUCUUCACCGUUGAAGGCUGAUGUGGGAAAGCCCCUUGAGACUGUUGAGUCUGAAGGGCAUAAGAUUUGCCCUGACAUGUUGGACAAUCAUGAAACAUUAAUUGAGACUGAUCCCAUUUCUGGAAGAGAGAGUUCAUUGGUGAAUGAGAAUACUGACGAUAUUUCUCACAAGAAUGAUAUGCCAGCUCCUUUUGAAUCAGUCGAUCAUAAACCGGUAGAUAAGGAAGACUCAAGUGAACUAUUAGGCCUAUCUUCAUCUGUUACCUGUACAGAUUCAGCAGAUGGUAAAAUUCAAUGCGUUGAUGUACCUGGCGGUUUGACUUCAACUGUUGGUAGUGAGCCCAUGUAUGAAGGAGAGGAAUGUAUAUUGGAUGCACGAAGUGUGGUUCUUGCAGCUCAAGAGCCUGUAUAUGAAGGUGAAGUGGUUCUUGCAGAACAAGGUUGUGGAAGCUCAAUAAAUUUCCCAAAUGUACCGGCAAAGGAUGAAAUUAGUCCAAAACAAGGGGAGCUGAUCAGGAAUUUCUUAAAGAACAAUGCAAGUCAGCUAACUUUUUAUGGCCUCUUCUCCUUACAAGAUGGACUUAAAGAGCGUGAACUUUGUGUUUUUUUCCGGAAUAAUCACUUCAGCACCAUGUUUAAGCUUGAUGGCCAGCUUUAUCUCUUAGCUACAGACCAAGGUUACAUUCAUCAACCUGAUUUGGUGUGGGAAAAGCUAAAUGAGGUGAAUGGAGAUACUUUAUUUAUGACGGGUAAUUUCAAAGAAUUCAAAGUAGAAAGUCAUUCUAAUGAAUCUUGGGAUGAACAUAAUGCCAUGGCAAGCACCGCGGAUUAUCUUGCAAGCAUUGAUGCCACCAAACAUGCCGGAUUGGAUUUGAAUUCUGACCUGCAAUUAGCAAUAGCCCUGCAACAACAGGAGUUUGAACAACAACCACAGCGGCAAAAUGUGCAGCAGCCAUCUACUGGCGGCAGUUCAAGGCUGGUCGUGGGUCCUCAGGUGUCUAAAAGUAGUGGAAAAACCCCGCCAUCUUCUUCCGCGAGGACUGACGCAAAACCGAAGGAAAAGUGCAGUGUGAUGUGAAUUUUGGCUUUGCAGAAUCCAUAGAAAAUCAUUUUUAUUUAAUUUUAUUUAAAUUUUGUUCCCUGUAAAUUGUUUGUUUGUUGUCUUCUUAACAGCAUAUAUCACCACAUGCUGUUGACUAACCUAAUUCCUUUAUGAGAGUUUGGAUACAGUUUUCCAUUUUGUAUAUAUAUUUAUAUAUUUCCCCACUCCCAUUUCUUUAGGCU